AUGGCUGCCGACGACGGCAAGGUCUGCCGCAUCACGGUCCUGGCGUCGGGGUCCGGCUCCAACUUCCAAGCCUUGAUUGACGGUUUAGAAGACGGCAGGAUCACCGACUGCAAAAUUGUCAAGCUUUUCGUGAACAGAGCCAAGGCCGUUGCAAUCCAAAGAGCCCAGAAGGCGGCUAUUCCUCAUGAGUACUUCAAUCUCGUAUCGAAUGGUUUCUGUGCCAAGGGCGAGACCGAUGCUUCCAAGGUGAAAGAGGGCCGCGCUCGCUACGAUGCGGCGUUGGCUGAGAAGAUUCUCCAAGACAAGCCUGACCUCAUCGUGCUCGCAGGCUGGAUGCACGUCUUCAGCGAACCUUUCCUCACUCCUCUCGCCGCAGCAGGGGUGAAAGUGAUCAAUCUCCAUCCGGCGAAGCCAGGCUGCUACGACGGUGCAAACGCUAUCGGUAGAGCGUACGAAGACUUUCAGGCCGGCAAGUUGGAGAACAACCGAACUGGCGCCAUGAUUCAUUAUGUCAUCGCCCAAGUUGACCGCGGAGAGCCAAUCCUGGUUCAGGAGGUUGAGGUGCUCCCAAGCGACAAGCUGGAAGAUCUCGAGGAGAGAAUGCACCAAGUCGAGCACCAAUUGAUCGUUCGUGCCACCGCUCAAGUUUCUCGGGAGAUCCUGGCCAAGAAGGAGUAA